AUGUCUAUUGAAGGGAAUACCAGCAGUGCCGCCGUGGCGGCAGAAAAGCCAGAGAAACCGACGUUCUCAUGGCUACGCCCACAUCCCAUUUUUGUCAUAAUACUGGUUGGUCCUGGUGAGCAGCCGUUUGGUAUUCAAAAGGACUUUCUGUGCUUCCGCUCAGAGUUUUACCAAAAGUACUUCGCCGAGAACCAGACUGAGGAUACGGUGGAACACGUGGUAAAGCUGCCGGACACAACGCCAGAGGUGUUUGGGUUGACGCAAAAUUUUCUAUUUACGGGAAAGAUCAUGUCAGAUAAUGAAGGCGUUCCAUCGUACGAGUCGCUGGUCGGACUCUGGAACUUGGGCCACAAGCUCGGCAUCGAGGGUCUUUGUGACAAGACGCUUGAAGCCAUGACAGAAUGCCGCAGGCUGACCGAGCGAAUCCCCUCAACGCCACUGUUAGUACAGGUUUGGAGAGACACACCGGAAGGCUCCUCGAUUCGAAUGCUGCUCUUAUCAUGGGCCGCCGAAUACAUGAGGUCCUCCGAUUCUCGAGCAGAGUUUGCCAAGUCUCUACCACAAGAAGUCCUCAGUGAACUCGUCGUGGCCAUGAGCUCGUUUGAGCUGGCGACCCCAGCACAAACGCAAUCCGAAUCUCCCAUUGUGCCGGCUUCAGAUUUACCCAGGAAGAACGUCCAUUACUUGGAGGACCAGAGUGACGAUGACCUGAACAACAUCAGGAAGAAUCGUCGCAUGAGCGGCCCGCCUAUCAUCGUGGCCAGAACAGAGCAGCCACUCGGGCGCAAGGGAUCCCGAACUCCUCUGCCUAAGCCGCAGAAACGCAGAUCCAGUGCGGCAUACGUCGACGGCCGCAGUUUCUCUACUAAUCAGAAACUCGACUUUUGCGCGGACUUGCUUACCCGGAUGCUUUCAGGACCCGGUUUCUGGACAAGAUUGGUUGGCCCAUUCAGAGACCCCGUUGAACCAGUGGAAGACGGCGUCCCAGACUACUUAGACAAGGUCAAGCGGCCCAUGGACCUAACUACCAUGAAAGCCAAAAUGGACCGUCGCGAAUACACCAGCGACGAAGAAUUCGUCACCGACAUGCGGCAAAUCUUUGACAACUGCUUCACGUACUGGAAGAAGGGCGAUCCUAUGUGGCUAGCCGGCGAAAAGCUACAAAAGACGUUUGAAGACAAGUUUGCUCACAUGAAUAAAUGGAUUUCCAAGAUGGGUGGGGAAGAGGGCGAAUAA